GCGAUUGCUGGGGGUCCAAAUUCAAACCAAAGCGCCGCUCGUGCGCCACACGUUCAUUCAGUCGACGGACGACGCUGCGCCUGAAACGUACGACGGCUGAUCUGAACCGGAAUCGAAGCGAAAACGGCCAUAUAAUAAUAAUAAUAAUAAUAUCUUGAACGCCACUCGAGACACUCGUGCAACCAACCAACCAACCAACCAACAAACAAACAAACAAAGUGCAACAUACAAUACACAUGCCACAAGCAAAUAAACUCCGGCGUGUGCCAGCAGUUAACAGCUGUCUUUUCAACAUUUGAACCAUAUCAAAAAAAUAUAUAUAUUAGCAUAUAUAUAUUCCUAGGAAGUUUCGCGAUUUUCAUAUAUAUUUUGGCGCGUUGCGAUCGUCUCUUUGGGAAUCUCAAGCUGUGCGUGGGUGUUAAGCAUCUAACAGAUACUCAUUGCUACUCGUAGAUACUAAUGAAUACUUUGAAUGCAGUGCUAGUUUGUGAUAUGAAUUUACAUAAAUAUACUUAGAAAAAAAAAACAAAGCGACCAUUGGAAAAGUGCUGGGAAAACAGGAUUCAAGUUUAUCAAAUAUCAAAAAGAUCUUCAACGACUUUGGGCAGCUGCUUAAGAAACUCUAAAAAACGGAGUGUGCCCAGGAUGCGAACGGGUCAGUGACACGUGACAUGGCCGAGGGCUGCGAGGACUCUGCCGGUGCCGCUGAAUCCACGACGUCACAGUCACAGUACACAACGCUAGACAAGAUGCUCGGCACGGUGCUGCCAUGUGAGGCGGCAAUUGGGGCGACACCCGGCGGCAGCAGCAGCAGUAGCAGUAACAGCAACAGCAGCAACAUCGGCGGCAACACCAACAGCAACACCAACAACAACAACAAUGCCACCAACAUUGUCAAGCGGGAAUUUUGCGAUGGCAGUCUGAUGCCCGGUGCUGGGGCAAGUGUUAACAAUAAUAAUGCCAACACCACCAACAACAACAAUAACAACAGCAGUAGCAACAACAACAACAACAACAAUAAUAAUACCAAAAUGCAGGCAAUGAUCUGCAACAAAAGCAGCAACAGCAACAGCACCAACAACAACAACAGCAGCAGCUCAUCCUCCUCAUCAUCAUCCUGCUCCUCAUCAUCAUCAUCCUCCAGUUCGGCCACCAGCACCUUGACCAGCUGCACCACCGCCGCCGUGGUGCCCUCAAAUUGCUCCACGAAUGCCAAUAAAUCGCCAGUAUCGCCCUAUUCCCAAAGUCUGGGCAUGGCCAUUGGCAUUGGAGCCGGAGCUGGCGGUAGUAGUCCGCUCCGGGAGGCCAGUCCGCUGCCCAGCAGCCGAUCGCCAAUGAAUGCCAUUGCCAGCUCGAUGAUUGCCGCCGCCAAGUCACCGUGCAGCGGUGCAGCGCCCGCUUCACCGCCAUCGGCCUCCUCCAACAGCUCGUCUCAUGUCCUGGCGCUCAACAUCAAAACCGAGUCGGACUUCGACAAGGAAAUCAGCUGCCACAAAAUCCAUUCGCCCAGCAGCAGCAGCCACGCCCACUCCCUGCACCAUCACCACCACCAUCAUCCCCAUCACAGCAGUCGGAGCAACAAUAACGACGAUGAAAUGGAGAUCACGGAUGGCCAUGCCCUCCUCUCGCCACCGCCCCACUCACACUCCCAUUCCCAUUCCCCCUUCGAUAGCAAAGAUCACGUCAAGGAGCUGGAAUUCUAUAAGAAUUUGGCGGCCAAGGCCGCUUCCCUGGCCAACCAGCACUCCUCGCCGCCCCUGCCCAUGCCACUCCCAUUGCCCAUGCAGAUCGACGGCGAGGAGGACGAGAACGAGGGGGAAGGCGAGGGCGAGGCGGAGGAGCAGGCAGCAGAGGUCAUGCGGCUGCGACGGGAGGAACAGGCCCAGGCCAAGGCGUUUGCGGCCCAUCUGAACGGAACUAUGCAAGACAUGAUAAAUUUGCAAAAAUUACAAAAUUUGGCCACGCUACAACAGCAGCAGCAGCAGCAACAGCAGCAGCAGCAUCCUCAUCCGCAUCAUGGACAUCAGCAUCAUCAUCACCAUCCCGCCACGGCCGCUGCACUGGCAAGUCUUCAAGGAUUAGCCGCCUCGGUGUUCAAUUCGCCGUUGAAUCUCAGCGUGGGUGGUGAGCCAGCAGGAACCACAGGAGCAGCUGGAGGUCCAGCUCCAUCCUCACCCAUUCAUAAUGGUGGCAAGAGCAAGACGGCCAAGGGCGGUAGUUCCGGCAACAACUCCGGCGGAUCGUCUACCAACUCUGGCUCCAACUCCGCCCAACAGCAGCAGCAGCAGCAGCCGGAUAAUCCCAGCAGUAGCAGCUCGCCGCAUCAUCCCCUUAGCGCCUCUUCGCUGGCCAAUGUCCUGGCGGCAGCCACCGCCUCGCCUCCGCCCACUUUACAGGCGCCGCCGGCGAGCGCCCAGAUGCCUCAGCUGAUUCUUGCCUCCGGCCAACUGGUGCAGGGUGUCCAGGGAGCCCAGCUGCUUAUACCCACGGCCCAAGGCAUUGCCGUUCAGACCAUUCUCACCAUUCCGGUGAGUCCGCAGAUCCCCACCACGGAGCAGUUUCUGCCCAAUGCAUUCGGCGCCUUUGCAAGCUACCAGCAACAGCAACAGCAGCAGCAGCAGCAGCAACAUCGUGAGCAGCAACGGGACUUGUUACCACCUUCACUGGCCGCUCUGCAACAUGCCACAGCCCUGCCUCAAUUGGCCCAGACACCCACGAAUUUACUCAAGCCUAAUCUUUUCUCGACGGGCGUGCAGCAGUUACUGACGGCUUUGCAUCCAGAACUCUUUGCUGCAGCAGCUGCCACACAUCAGCAGCAGCAACAGCAACAGCAGCAGCAGGUGCAGCAACAUCAGCGGGAAAGAGAAAGGGAGAGGGAGCGGGAACGAGAACGAGAACGGGAGCAACACCUGGGCAUUGGUCACCUGCCGCACUCCCACCUGGCUGCCGAUCUGCGACGGUCAGCGGAGAGAUCUCCAACGGCUGGUUCGCCCACGGGUGGAAGUCCUGGAUUGCCAACUAAGGGACCACCUCCGCCGCCGCCCGGAGCCGCCUUCCUGCUGCAGCAGCAACUGCACAUCAAGCCCGAGACGCAGACGCACCUGCAUCACCACCUGCAGCCGCAAUCCACUUCGGCGGUUUCCUCCUCGCUGCCUCAAAUCAGCCUGCGACAUCCUGACGAGCUGACUGCUCCGCAGAUGGACAUCAAGCCACUGGAGCUGAGUGCCAGCAACUCGCCACCGGCGCCUCCGCCACGCCAUCAUUUCGGGCACAGUUUGCGAGGAUCUUCAACGGUAUCACCCAAGCACAGUCCGCAGGGUAGGAUGGGAGGAAGUGGUGGAUCCACAAGCACCGGAAUGAAUCUGAGCCAGCAUCACGAGCGCCAUGAACGGUUGGAGCGACUGGAACGCCAGGAGAGGCACGAAAGGCGAUCACACACGCCAACGGCGACUGCUACUAGGGCCAGUGUUUCGUCCAGUUCGGGUGGUGGUCACCAUGGAGGUAAUUUGGCCUCCGGACGACUCUCGCCACCCAAUUCCGCUCCCUCAAGUUCGGCGGCUAACAGCAUCAGCGACAGAGGCUACACUUCCCCGCUGUUCCGCACCCACUCGCCCCAGAGCCACGCCCUCUCACUGGGAGGUUCACCGCGUCUGGAGCGGGAUUAUCUAGGCAAUGGACCCAGUUCCGGAGUGGCCACUUCGACCAGCAGUUGUGGAGCGCCCACGGUAACGGGAUCCAGUGCUUCGGCCAAUGUACUUAGCAGCAUCAACAGACUCAAUGCCUCCAAUGGCGAGCUGACCAUUACGAAAUCCCUGGGAGCACCUACGGCCACGGCAACGAGGGCCUCGUCCGCCUCGCCACGUGAUGAUUCACCUGGUCCAGGCCCCUCCACGUCGAGUAUUUCCCAUAUGCAGCCCCUCAAAUUGAGUCCUUCGUCCAGAAGUGAGCCGCCACACCUGUCGCCCAACGGAAACGACAAUGACAACGACCUGCUCAUGGAUUCACCGAAUGAACCCACCAUCAACCAGGCCACUACCAAUGUGGUGGAUGGCAUCGAUCUGGACGAGAUCAAGGAGUUCGCCAAGGCCUUCAAGCUGAGGCGUCUGUCGCUGGGACUCACCCAAACCCAGGUGGGACAGGCCUUGUCGGUGACCGAGGGACCCGCCUACAGCCAGAGUGCCAUUUGCAGCAGUGCACUCGCUGCGCAGAUGUACGCCGCUCAACUAUCGACGCAGCAGCAGAACAUGUUCGAGAAGCUGGACAUCACACCAAAGAGCGCACAGAAGAUCAAGCCUGUGCUGGAGCGCUGGAUGAAGGAGGCCGAAGAGAGCCACUGGAACCGCUACAAAUCGGGUCAGAACCAUCUCACCGACUAUAUAGGAGUGGAGCCCUCGAAAAAGCGCAAGAGGCGUACAUCCUUUACCCCCCAAGCUCUGGAGCUGCUGAAUGCGCACUUCGAGCGGAAUACGCAUCCUUCGGGCACCGAAAUCACUGGACUAGCUCAUCAGCUGGGCUACGAACGCGAAGUGAUCAGGAUUUGGUUCUGCAACAAGCGGCAGGCUCUGAAGAACACCGUUCGCAUGAUGUCCAAGGGGAUGGUAUAGGGCCAGGGGCCCUUGUAAAUAGCUGGCCCAUGUAUAUAGCUAGGUGUCUAAGUGUAUGUGUGUGGGUGUAUGAGAGAGUGUGUGUGCGUGAGAGAGAGAGAGUUUAUUACAGUGUGAUAGUUGUACAACACCCUAGAGUUUAGCAGUUAGGCCAUGUAAAGUAAUACUGUGUGUCAUAGCAUUUACAAAGGACAUCGGCUUACGCAAGCGAACCACAACAACAGCAACAACAAAACAAAAGAAAACCAGAAACCCAAGACCCAAGAACCCAAUCCAAUUGAAUAUUUAGCCAUCUAAGUAAUUACUUAACACUUAUCAUAUCCCAAAUAGCCUAAAAGUAGUCUAAAGUCCCGAAGGCAGACUUGUGCAGUUUUAGGCCAAAUUUUAUCACAUUGAUGUGCCAUUCCAAAAAGAAAUACGAAAAAAAAAAUAAAAUAAAAUAAAAGGAAAACUAAAAAGCGAAACCAGUUCAUACCACGUAACAAAUUACAUAACUAAAUGUUUAAAAAACCAUUUAAAAACGAAAACUGCAUCAAAAUCUAUGUAUGAAACGCAGUCUAAGGAAAUUCUGUAGAGCAGCUCGUAAGCGAUGAGUAAAAAUAUUUGCAUUUAAUGCGUUGGCUAAACUUGUAUACUGAAAUGAAUCUGAUUUCAACAAUUUAUAAAACAAAUUAUAACCCUAGUAUUUAGCCAGUUCAGACUCGAAAACUAAGAAGAAUUCUAUAUGGUAGCACUCAGAAUGAAAAUGAACAAAAAGCAAGCGAAAGCUAUAAAGACAGCAAGUGUUUAGAUUAAGCAACAUUAUGUAGCAAUUUAAAAAAUUACGAUGGAAAAGAAACGAAAACAAAUAUUUCAACUACGAA